AUGGCGGCGUCAAGUGGGGCAGGCGCUGGUGGAGGUGGUGGAGAGGCAGGUGGCAGGGGCGAUCCCAGCGGAGCUCGGGUCCCGGACGCUGGAGCCCUUCGUCGAGGCGUGACUGUCAUCCCAAAAGGCGGAGCUCAGGAUCCCAAAAGCCUAAGACUGUUUCCUUUAUAAUUAAAAGAACUUUGACAAGAUGUCCGUACUCUGGGGAGGCUUUGGAAGAACAAUGUAAAGGAAUGAAAUAUUUCAGCUUUGUGCCAUAAGCUGACUUUUCAGUACGCUGACCUCACUAAUUCUGGGAAGAGCUGAAGAUGGCCUGGAGUUACCAAAGCCUAUCUGGACUGGAAAGAGUUUUCCUCUGCAGUUUUGAUGGGACCGCUUCUCUUCCUCUCAUUAAUGUUGUAUUUGCAGCACAGUCGUGCUGGCCUCUACCCCAGGCACACUGAUGCUGGGCUGGCGACAAGAGGCUUGUGGGCCUGAAAUUGGAUGCUGACCUUGUGGAACGUUGAUGGAACAGAGGUGGCACGCCAGGAGCCAGUGUCACCUCUCAGAGAAGAUGGCCCUGGAGUUUUUCAGGGGCUUGAACGCAGGAAGAAAAUGGUCCCUAUCUCAGGAUAUCUUCUGCUGUGUGAGAGACCCUGCACAGGGAGCUUCCAAGUCACUGCAGCAGCGAGAAAAUCCCUGGUGGAGCUGUGGAAGAAGCUCCCAGACAUCACUGGGAGAGCUUCCAAAGCUGGCUUCAUUAUGGAGGUUUCAUCCUUUUCUUCUGUAAGCUGGCACCAUGACCCUCACUAAAGGCUCUUUCACCUACUCCAGUGGGGAGGAAUAUCGCGGCGAGUGGAAGGAAGGCCGCAGACAUGGUUUUGGUCAACUGAUGUUUGCAGAUGGUGGCACCUACCUGGGUCAUUUUGAGAAUGGGCUCUUUAAUGGCUUCGGGGUACUGACUUUCUCAGAUGGCUCAAGGUACGAGGGGGAGUUUGCCCAGGGCAAGUUUAAUGGUGUUGGAGUCUUCAUCCGGCAUGACAACAUGACGUUUGAAGGGGAAUUUAAGAAUGGCAGAGUAGAUGGUUUUGGCCUGCUGACCUUCCCCGAUGGUUCCCACGGAAUACCUCGCAAUGAAGGCCUGUUUGAGAACAACAAGCUGCUGCGGCGGGAGAAAUGUUCGGCGGUCGUCCAGCGGGCCCAGAGCGCCUCCAAGUCCGCCAGGAACCUCACUGCCUGACGCGGGGCCGAGCGCCCGCCGACAAGGCCCGGGUGAAGCAAAGGCCCUGUUACUCACCCGAGGUGUGUUAAGUGUGCCGGCUGUGAGGACAUGAGAAGGCGCGCAGAGCAGGAGCCUCAGGACGCGCCCACACCCGCCCGGGAGGGAUUCUGUCACCAAAGUUCUGAGGACUCCCGCCCGCUGCCCCCAGCAGGGUCACCAGUCCUGUCUUUCCUUCACUCACUUGUUGGUAUUCUCUGUCCUAAAGCCCUGGGUUGCCCCACGCAGACUUGCUUCUCCUUGAUUUCCUGCCAAGCAGGGCAGAACCUCUUCGUCCUGCCUGUAUUUGGGGCAGUUGAUCCUAGACCCAAAGUAGGGCAAGUGCUCUGCGCUUCCCUGGAGAACCAGGGAGAGGGAUAGGGGUGGCUUAGACAGCCCAGCAGUCCUGUGAAGGCCAGGCCAGAGCUCUUCUGCGUGUCUUCCCCCUCCCUCCCCCCGUUGCUGCUGGUUGACUUCAUGGCUCCAGGCCAACCACUUUGUCUCACCAGACUGGUAUUUGUGUCUGCUUAUUCCCCCUGUGAAGGGUUUGGUAAGAAUGCUGUUUCCCUAUCCCUUGACUUUAUAAGCUGUCUUCCUUACCUGAGUUCCAGAAGCUAAUUUGUGCCCUAUUUGUGCCUCUCUCCUUUCGUAGAUGGGACAGGAUCCCUUUUGGGGAUACUCAAAAAACUGAUACAAAGAGUCAUCUUAUAACUUGUACUUUUUCAUUACUCCAGGGCAAAGGGCAGACACCCCUGGCAUACUUCAGGCCCUACCACGGAGUAAUUGAAUCCUUAGGGAUGGCUUGGGCUAACACAGCCCCUUCCCAGUGGAUUAGGAGGUCAGACCCACCUCAACCCCUUGGCGCUUGGGUAGAAUUGGACCCAGCCUAGCACUGUGGUGAACCAAAAGAGAAUUUGGCUCCCUGCAUUCGGUCCACUGUUAACUCUUCUACCAUGAGCUUGGCCAUCAGGCCUGGGGAGAUCAGAUCUUGACCAGUAGGAUCCCUGCCUAGUCAUCAUGGAGGCCCCCUACUAUCCUGUGACCUACACACGCCCAGCCCACCCCCAACCCCCUAUCCUCACACUGGAUGUCUCCUCAACAGCAGAUUGUGGUGGAAAUUAUAGCCGUGUGCCUCUCUGUAUUCUCUGAGUUGUACUGUAGAAACAAGUGUUUAUGAGGAAUAAACAAAUCACCAGAA